UAAAACUAAAAAAUUGUUUUUAGAAAACAUUAACCAAACACCUCUUGUUUUUUGAAAACUACAAAAACAGUUUUUUGUUCUCAAUUCUGAGAACACAACUUUGAAAACAAAAAACUGAAAACAAUGCCAAACAGGCCCUAAGUCACUAAAAACUCAAUAAUCAAUAAAAACAUAUAACUUUUCAUAUUGUUGACGCCGUUUUUUGUCAACUUAAAAUGUCGAGCAAUUAAACAAUAAGAACUAUGGUGCAAAUGAAUAGUAUGGUGGAACAACAAGGGUUUUACGUGGUUCAACAAUUAAAUCUGCCUAGUCCACGAGUCUAUUUUAUUAGAACUUGGAGUUUUCUCUCUAGAUAGCAAAAGAUUCGUCCCCUUUUAAGUGUUCAUGACCUCUCUAUUUAUAGAGAGUUUUCAGAGUUCAUUGCCACAUUUUUCGGGAAGAUACUCCUGCUUAUUAAUUGAAAUAAUGAUAUUAAAUGUUGUAACUCCUAUAUAUAAGGAGACGUCCCCUGAAGACCAGGAAAACGGAUAACAGACUUGUUAAUAUCCCUUUAAUGUACAAAACGUGUUACAUCAGAUGAUUCAUCAAAUCUCCGAGAUCAGCAAUCAACAUCGCAUCAGUCAAGGUUUACAGACAGGUUACGAACUGACCGUCUUACUCCAAGACCUACUCGGGGCAGAUAAAUACCAUUGAGACUGUCAUAUUUCGAGCUUGCACUCUUUAAGAUCGAGCUACUCGAUCCGAAGACACUUGAUAAUGGAUGUAUCCUGAUGCUAUGUUCUUUCGAGCUCAGAAAGAAUCCUGAGGCUACAUGUCUUCGAGGUUGCCGUCUUGCUUCGAGGGUUUUACAGGUGUACCAUGAACACACGUUUUUAUAUAUUUCAAGCUCACACUCGACGAGUCCAGCCUUCGAGGUCAUAAUUUCUUGUCUCGAAAUCUGGGUGUAACAGUUUGCCCCCUCAAAAGUAUUAUUUCGAAUCCUAUGAGAAGGAAACUUUUGAACUACUUCCAUUGGGAAUCGUACCAUCAAACAUACUCGAAUGUGGACACGUGUCAGCUAGGUAUUAACCACUCAAAGUACUUGAGUACCUUGGAAACCUACCCACGUCUAUCCUCCUGCCAUCCUUUAUGGUCCCAUCGAAUCAUUUGUCCCUGACCGUCGGAUCUGAUACAAAAUAUGGCCAAUGGCCUAGAUUAAUCCAGCCUUUUGCAUUCCUACGGGUUUAUAAAUUGGAAUUCAGUCGUCUUCUUCUUUUACUCUCACAUUCAUUUCAGAGAGAGAAAAGGAAAAAAGAAAAACCAGAGACCUCCUUGCCCAUUCCUUGCAUGUUCUCCAAGCCGAGUAGAAAAGUAACAUUGGACUCUUUGAUUCCGUGAGAUCGUACUUGCAGCCGCUUCUACAAUCAUCCAUUUCUCUGCUUUCGCCAAUCGCAUUGUGUAAGCUCUAUGUUCAUGGCUUCUUUGCAUUAUAUAUAUAUAGAUAUAUAUAUUAUGCGUGUUUAUGUUUCUGUUGCACCUUGGGCACUAGGAUUUUGUUGGUCCAUUAGUUUAAUGCACUAGAACGUUUCGGCCAUUAAAUAUUAGGUUUAGGUUCUGACAUUAUUGACUCCAAACCCAGUUCAUGCGCAAAGAGACCCAAAUAUGGCUCUUUUUCUUAGUUUUCAAAUUUCGGAGGACAUAUCUUGCACACCAAGAUAUUGGGUACAAAAUCAGGGUUUUUUUUUUAAGAAUGCACGAUUCCCAAAAAUAGCACUUUUUGAAUAACCGCCACCUUUUGUCCCUGAUUUAUUGGGAUUUCCAAUAAUAUGUCCACCUUCUUUUCUUUCGGGUGACUACACGCUCUGAGAUUGGCCUCAUCCUUUGGAUCGAGCUUGCCUCGUAGCCUCGAUCAUUCGAGCUUAGGAAUUCUACUUAUCUCAUUAUUUCCAGCUUGCAUGGCCCUCACCCUUUUGCUUUCUUGUUAGAUGCCGCAGAAAUCAGGUAAGUGGUGGGGGUCAAAGCUCGCGAUUCCUUAUUCACCCGCAGCUCCGAGCCCGGAGUCUCCUUUUACUCGGAACCAACGCCUGAUUCGGGAGCACAAACUGAGGCGUGAGCAAGAGAACAUUCGAGACCACUUCCGAUGCCAGAUAGACGAGGUCGAAGUAGGGAAAAGGAGAAAACUAAGGGUCCCCCUUUAUCCCGAUUCAGACACCGAGCCUAGGCCGAUUCCUCUCGACCCUACGCUCAAAGUGAUCGUCGCCUUCAAGCUGGGAGAUCUUCAAUUUUCACUAAUGGUGGAACCUUCCACCUCGCAGCCGAGGAGAGAAUUCUUCGAGGCCGAGCACUACUGGAGCUCGGUCACGUCGCUUGGUCAGAUAACUGACAUCCUGGCCUUUCACGACAUUAGUUUGUCGGGCUCGCUAAGGUGUCGAGCUCCGACCUCCCACGAGCAAAGUUGUCGUGCUUCAGGAGAUGGAAAUCCUGACAGCAAGCUGAGAUACGCGGCUUGGAGCCAGGAACACAUGAAAGCAGGGGCAGUGCUGCCCUUGAAAUCCUUUUUCAAGGACUUCACUGUCUUCGCUGGGCUCGCUCCCUUCCAACUCAACACCAACUCAUACAGGGUUUUGUCAGUCCUAAGGUCGCUCUACCAUGAGCUAAAGUGGGCAAGACCUUCACCAAAAGAGAUUUUGUAUCUCUUUUGCUUGAAAAGCAAUCCCUCCCGAGCUCGGGGAGGGGACGGCUUCUAUUACCUUUCGAGCUAUCCCAAGGAGCCAAAGAUCUUUGGGGAUUUACCCAAUCAUCCACCAGACUUCAAGAAAGCCUUCUUCUGGACGGAUGGCCUUGCUCUGUCUAGAUAUUACUCAUUUAGACGAAUUCGUAAGUAUCUCAACUUCUUUCUUUUUUGUGCUCGAAUUUUGCUUAGGCUUGUAUUUAGUUGAAAUGUGUUUUCUUCCAGCCAACUACCACCGCCUUACUCCAACCAAGGAUAUGAAAGAUCAUAGAGAAGCUCUGCUUCAACUCCCCUAUGGCAGAAGGUCCCUUUCCUAUCUCCUGCAUGAAGACAAGCUCCGGGCAUGCGGCCUUUUGGGGGAGGAUCAGUCUACAUCUGACUGGUCCAAUAAGAAGUACGACCAGUGGGAGCUCGUGUCUCUCCCAACCGGCAACCUUCCUCCGAGGAGAAAUGCAAGGCCUCCAUCUCCAGCUCAGCAUUGCAGGAGUCCACAAUCGGGAAAUGAGGCCAACGAUGAGGCCUCGAGCUCGGGCUUAGAUGAGAGAGGUACAGUCAUCCUUAGCUCGGAUUUGUGGUCUCCCUCACUACUAAAACAUAAACCUGAUAGAUUAAUAUUGUGUGAGGAUGAUAGGAACCAUUUCUAUGUAUGGUCUUGGGUAAAUGAGAGGGUACAUAGGUUUGACUGUUGGCUCGGGAAAUACGACACCAUGUAUAGCCUAAAUGAAGUAUGGGACAGAGUAGCCGUUCAAUACGUGACUAACGACUAUAGGGACCUUUCGAGGUUGACUUCCACCUAUAGGGAAGGCACUCCCCCCGCCUCUUCUGAAGAUGGGGGAAUUUCAUGGUCGCCGAACACAAGCUCAAGGGAGAGUUCCAGUGAGAUGGACUCCGACCUUGACAAUGUACUAGCCAGCAGAGGAGCUUAAAGGAGUAAACGCCCGAGGGGGUCGCGGAAAACAGAUCGGCCUGCUAAGGUCCUUAAGAGGACCAAGAAGACGCCUCCUCCCCCAGCUCCAGUUGCUCCGAGCCAUGUUUUGAGUCCACCUACUCAGGCCGAGAUGUCCUCUUCGACCUUACCUCUUGCUCCUCCUGUACUCCAGGUCCAUUCCACACUUGGCCACCUCCGAAGAAACCCUCAGCCUCAAGAACACAGUUGCUUUCGGUUUCUACUCACGUCGAUGAGUAUGUGAUUGACAAUGCAGCUGGACCCCACGGAGCUACGCUAGGCUCGGACAUUCUAUCUCGAGUGGACCAGAGUUUUGGUAGCUUUGACGCCUCUCACUGGCAGUUUUUGAACAGUGCUCGAGAUUGCAAUACUCUUUACGAGAAGAGCAUCGAGCUUACUGCUGCAGUAAUAUUUCCUCUCUUGCUUCUAGCUAUAUCUGUACUUGGUUCAUAUGCUAAUUUGAUUUCUUCGUAUGCCAGACUCUUGUUGUCUCUGCUCAACUUAAUUACAGGUUGAACCAUGAGGUCCACACGAGUAUGUCUUUUGCUCAGGAGGCAAAGGAUCUCCAAUUCAAACUGAGUGACGAGCUUAAGGCCACAAAGGCAAAGGUGGAGGCAGGAGCUAAGGAGCUAAAGGCCAAGACAUCCGAGCUUGAAAAGCUGAAUGCCCAGCUCGCGGAGCUUGAGAAGGAGAAUGCUCGGGCCAAGGAGAUCAAUACCAAGCUCGAAGAAGAGAAGGCUGCCACUUUCGAGAUCAUGGAGGGUGAAAAGACUCGUCUUCUCGAAGAGUUUAAGGAAAAGAAGGAUCGGGCAGUCAACAUGGCCAUGUACGAAAUCUGGGCCAACAAUGUCAACCUCGACACCAGCUUCUUAGGCCCUCUUGAAGCAAAGUUCCUGGCUAAAUGGCAAGCUCGGCUUGAUGAGGAGGAGACUGCUCGGGAUGAGGCAGAGGGAGCCAGGGGUGGUGCCGAUGCUGAGAAGGCCAAGGAGAACGCUCCUUCUUCUUAAAUCUUGCCUCAAGGUUGCGUCCCUCUUAAUUUCUUUUAACAGUUUUUUAUGAUUGAUUUUUAUUUCUUAUGCCCCCGAGGCGAAGAUAAUUUUACAGCUUGUGAAAGAGCUGCCUUUUGAGAUAUCAUUUUUUGACUUUAUUUUA